GACAGCAUCAGGGUUUUGACUGGUUUCCUGUAACCCUGAUGGUGUUUCACAAUGCAGUUCUGUCUGCCACCAGGCACCAAAUCUCCCGGGACUAUGAAGGCCAACUGGCGAGCCGACAUUUGUUUAAAUCUAUUUAAAAACUUUCUGAUCAGCUGGGAAAUGAAUCAUCAUGGUUGUUCUGAGCUCAUGUGAGGUUGACUUUGUAGAUGUAGCAGUAUGAAGGAGUGUUUGAUGGGUUUCAGCUGUGUGGCUCUUUCCAGCCAAUCACUGUGGGGGAGCACCUUAUAAAUGCAGGCAUAGGGCACCUGGUUGUCCUCUUGCCUGACGGAUCCUGGGUCACGUCACUUUUCCUGGCGCCCUUCACUUCCGCCUUCGCUUGGUUGCAGGUAGGCUGCCGGCGGCAACUAUAGUCUGGUCUCGCGCUGUCCCUCCAGUUGUUUUCAUGGUGGUUAUUUUAUUUCAGCGGCUCGCUUCGAUGUUGCAGCUGGUUGUGUGCUGCUUACUGUCCGCUGCUGGUUGCCGUGUAGCUGAUCGUGUUGCUCCACACCGUGCUGAACGUGAUUGCCUGACCGGGCCCUCAGCAGCAUAGCCGAAUAGCUUCUUGUGGUCCCAUAAUGUCGGCAACGCCAGCAACCAGGUCACAUCGCUAGGGAGUGUGAUGGGGUCCGUUUCCGUGUUCAGCAUCCUUUGCCAGCCUCCCAGUCAAACAAGCCAUUCCACCCUGCUCAGGUGCCGGAAAACUAGCGCCCGCCGAGCUGCAGAGCCACAGCUCGGGCAGGGCAGUUACAGGCUCCGGGUGUGUAGGUGACAUGGAAGUGUCCAAGCUCAUGUCGUCUUGUCCCCAUUUAGGUAAGAGCAUGGGGGGGAUUGCUGUUUCUUGUCUGGUAGAUACAGGGUCUAUGGUGUCAACCAUUACUGAGUCUCUUUUUCAACAGCACUUCGAGCCAUGGGGCCAAGAACACCUCAAAUCUUUUCACUGGCUGCAGCUCAGAGCAGCCAAUGGCCUGGCUAUCCCCUACAUUGGUUACCUUGAGCUAGACGUGGAGCUUUGUGGUAAGAGGUUGCCAGGCUGUGGGAUUUUGGUGGUCAAGGAUCCUCCUGGCUGUGUGUCUUCACAGGUUCCAGGCGUUUUAGGGAUGAAUGUUAUCCGCAAGUGCUACAGGGAGUUAUUUGGACAUCAUGGCCUGGCUUUGUUCGACCUGCCGGUGGUGUCUGGGGCCCUUAAGUGUGUCGUGCAGGCUCUGCAAAAGUGUCAUCAAGCCAAUGUUGAGAUUGAUCAGAGUGCAGGGAAGGUAAAGGUUUGUGGCAAAAGGGCUUGUCGUAUUCCAGAUGGGGUGCUGAAGAUCAUUGCGGCCACCUGCUCAGAGCAGUACUCUGGUAGCACUGUAUUGUUUGAGCCAUUAGACUAUGGCCUGCCAGCUGGACUGCUGGCUUCUCCUGCCCUAGUGCCGGCGGUACGGUGCAUGGCCUACAUUCCCAUUGUGAAUGUCGGCACUUCGAAUGUGUUGCUCUAUCCUCAUGCAGUUGUUGGCACCUUAGAUGAGGUGUGUGUUGUCAGCUUACCUGCUGGUGUUACUGAGGUGCCACCUCUGGUGGCUGCAGUGACUGCCCAGUCAGUCUCCCCACCAGUGCAGGAUCCAAUAUCAGCCAUUGAUUUGGGUCAUUUGCCUGCUGAAGUACAGGAUAAGGUUAGGGCGAGAAGCUGGAGAAGUUUAUGA